AUGGUCGGCGCGGAUUCGGCAGCAUUUGAUCGAUACGUCAUUGUGUCCUCGUGUUUGUAUCCUGAUAGGAUAGAUGCCGGCAUUGUUGAGAGCUGCUCGAUAAUCUGCGACAGCUCCUAUGAGGUGGAGGCUAUUGAGGAAAGAAAGGAUAUGUUAGUGCUGCGGUCGAGAGAGUCUUGGAGAGAGAACUUGCACGUAUGA